AUGUCGAGUCACCACAAGCGAAAAAAUCUCAUUCACGCGAUUCUACACAUCGCUCUUCGAAGUCUAAAAAGUCUUCAAGCUCAACAGAGCAGUCAGACCAUGCCAUGGCUUCUCCAGCUUCGGGCCAUCUCAUCUACAGUUUCAGAUCUUAAAUCUAACAUGGAGGUGUGUAAUAGAAGAAUUUCCCAGCUCGAAGAUGUCUUUACUAGCGAGAAUAUGACACAUUCUCACUCAGAAAAACAACCAGAGCCUUGCCGGGACGGCGACACGUUUUCGAUUUUGGCGGGAAAUGACAAUCCUGAAAAUUUUGAGGAUUUGGCUAUUGAGCCACCAGAGCAGGCUAUUGAGCCAUCAGUGCAGGCUAUUAAGCCACCAAACUCUGCCGUACAGCUAAACACUAGCGAUGAUAUUUGUGGCGACAGAAUUGAUUCUUCAAAACAACAAUCAGUUGAACUCAGCAACGCUAGCGAAGGUCAGCCAGGUUUAUACGACCCCGAAGCUGUUACGACCUCGUGGUCUCCAUCUCAGGAGUUUAAGGACUUUUUAGAGAAAAAUUUUCGAAGGAAACUAUCCUUUGAUCACAUUUGUGAUAUUUUGGAGGAACAAGCUAUUCCUCAGGUAGAUUCCCUCGUUGCUCCUACUCUAGAUCCACCAAUGUUGUCUCAUGUUUCAUAUCAAAAUAGAAAGUUUGUGCAGGAGCGAGAUAAAGAGUUCGCUGUUGUUCAACGUGCUAUGUUGAACAUCACAGGCCCAUUAUGCACAUUACAUGACCGUUUAGAAAACAACCUUCCUGUUAGCCCCGAGGGGCAUUUCACUCCAAAAAUCGCGUACACUUCGUCAAAAAAUCCGGAAAAAAUCCGAACAAAUCCGGGAAAUCCAGCAGAUUUUCUCUUCAAAAAUCCGCUAAAAAUCCGGGAAAAAUCCGCUAAAAAAUCCGCGGAUGUUUAAAAAUCCGAAAAUCCCGUACGCUUCGUCAAAAAAUCCGGAAAAAAUCCGAACAAAUCCGGAAAAUCCAAACAAAUCCGGAAAAUCCAACACAUUUUCUCUUCAAAAAUCCGCUAAAAAAUCCGGGAAAAAUCCGCGGAUUUUUAAAAAUCCGAAAAUCCCGUACGCUUUUUUGGAGUGAAAUGCCCCUCGGUUAGCCCUACUGAGCUCAAGUUGCUUGUUGAACAAUCCCUUUGUUUAGUUGGUUCGGCUAACUCACAAUUAUCGGUACUCCGCCGCAAGAAGGUACUUGCAUCCAUUAACAAAUCAAAAAUUGAUUUGGCAAACCAGCCAUUGCCAAAUGCUCAACGAUGGCUAUUUGGAGACGAUUUUCCCUCAAUUGCAUCUAAGGAAGCCGAGCUAUCACGGGGUUUGGCAAAAAAUCUGGCUCCUACGGCCCCCAAAAUUUAUAACCAAGACCCGAAACAACCAAGCAGAAGUUUCUCUCAGUCUACUAAAUACAAUACUUAA